AUGGGUAGCAAUAAACAGAAACAGAAAAUGCUGCAGGAGUGGCGAGGCAACAUCGUCAAAGGGGAUUUUCUGUCGCUUAAAGCGUGAGAGCACAAACCCGGGCUGUAAAAGCAUAUGUAGUCUGGAGAGACGUAUGACUGCAGUCAGAAGGGGUUGUUUACAUUUCUAAUCAUGGAUUGGAGAACACAGCAGUUGUUUUACACUGUAAUAUUCCUACUUUCAGGAGAAAGAGCGGCUUUAAGUUACGCAUCAGUUGUAAACAGCGGAGAUGACACGUUUACUAUCCAGCACAAUGGCAAUGGGAAAUGCCUCCUGGUUCAAAAUGAAGCUUUGAAGUUGGGAAAUUGUUCGUUAGUCCCGGCCGUGUCGUGGAAGUGGGGUUCGGGCCACAGGCUGUUCCAUGUGGAAUCGUCUAAGUGUUUGGGUCUGGAGGUGAGCUCCAAAACCGUGACCCUGUUCAGCUGCGACUCCACGGAGAUUCUGCGGUGGAAGUGCUAUGAGGACGUCAUCUACACAGAAUACCAAAUGAAACUCAGCGCCGGGCCUAACGACUCUGUAACCGCCAAGAGGGAUGGACAGGACACUUGGAAAAGAGGAGGGAGCUUGGAUAACAUAUGUCAGCGGCCAUAUCAAAGAAUGCACACAAGUGGGGGGAAUUCUAACGGGGCACCCUGUGAGUUCCCCUUUCUCUACAAUGGGACCUGGCACCACAACUGCCUGCCUGGCACUGACGACAGAACGCUGGAUUGGUGCUCUACUACAGCAAACUAUGAUCUAGAGAAGAAGUGGGGAACUUGUCUGAAAUACGUGGAAGGAUGUUCUACUUUAUGGGAGGAAGGCCCAGUGAAAGGUCGCUGCUAUCAGGUUGUAUCCACAGCGGUUGUGACCUGGCACGAGGCGCGGGACGCCUGUCGUAGUCAAGAUGGAGAUCUGCUCAGUGUGUCUAGCCCUCAAGAGCUUGAGUUCUUUAAAAAUCAGAAAGACUUGCCUAGCAAGCUGUGGAUCGGCUUGAACCAUCUAGACUGGAUGCAAGGUUGGCAGUGGUCAGAUGGAUCAGCUUUAUAUUUUGCCCCUUGGGAAACAGAUAUCCCAAUAAGAUCCCUUAUGUCGGACGAGGACUGUGGGGUUCUGAAGGAGCCGCUGCAUUUUGGCGCAGAGACGUGUGAAAAUCGGCUUCCAUUCAUCUGCAUGAAGAAUAACAAAGACAAUGAGAGUACAGACAGGGAGGUGUAUAAGCCGACAUUGUGUAAAGAUGGAGAUUGGAUUGGGUGGAAAGGAUUCUGUUAUAAACUCCACAGUGCAAAAGAGUCGAAAUUGUCCCAUCAUGAAGCUCAGGACGUGUGUAAGAUGGAUGGAUCUCAUCUUGCCAGCCUGCACAGUAUAGAUGAUAUAGAAAUGCUACACACAAACUUUCACUCAGAUAAAAAACCUGAGGUAUGGAUUGGUCUUUGGGGUAAUGGAACCACCUCUGUCUUUGAAUGGAUUGACGAAGUACCAGUGUCUUUCACAUACUGGGCCAGAGCUCAACCUCCACCACUUCUACCAAAUACCAUCAACUGCGUGUACUAUUCAGGAGAGCAUCAUACAUGGUCUGUGUCUGACUGUGAAAAGCCGAGGGCUUACAUGUGUAAGCAAAAAGGGACUGUGAAUGAGAGCGCCCCAGAGGAAGGCUGCCCUCAAGAUGGGAACUGGAAGAGACAUGGCGAUGCUUGCUAUAAAGUAGACCGUGAGCUUGUGUUCUAUAAAAACAGCUGCCACAUCACUAUUAAUAACAGAUUUGAACAGGCCUUCAUUAACAGUCUCCUGAAAGAGCAUAUCGGCAAUGAAGUGUUAUAUUUCUGGACGGGGCUACAAGACACUAAAGGGUCCAGGGAGUACCAGUGGAUCAGUCAGGAUGGGACAGCCGACCGGGUCACCUACGUCAAUUGGAAAUGGCUAGAACCAGCUUUUCCCGGUGGCUGUGUGGUGAUGUCUACAGGGAAUCUUUUGGGCCAAUGGGUUGUUAAAAACUGCACUUUUUUCAAAGCUGGUAAUAUCUGUAAGAAACCCAUAAAAUCGAUGGUCCAUCCCAUCCCAGAUCCAUUUGUGCCCAACCCCAAUGCUUCCUGCGCACCAGGAUGGGUCUCAAGAGAAGGCCUAAACUACUGCUACAAGGUGUUUCAUGAGGAGCGUUUGACCCGGAAGCGCUCGUGGGAAGAGGCGGAGCGUUUCUGUGAGGCGCUGGGUGGUCAUCUGCCCAGCCUGACUGAGACUAAAGAUAUGCAGGCGUUACAUUUAAUCCUGAGAGACUCUAUUAGUGAUAAUCGUUUUUUCUGGGUGGGACUAAAUCGGCGAAAUCCAAAUAACAACAACAACUGGGAGUGGAGUGAUGGGCGUCCGGUCUCCAUGAUGAUCCUUCCUGAGGACUUCAAUGAAGAUGAUGCCUAUAACAGGGAUUGUGUUGCCUUUAAGACUUUGAAAGGAACCUACAGACCGUUUCUCUACUUUUUCUUUCAUAAUGUUCUUCCACGGUCUUUUUAUCCCAGCACCUUUCACUGUGACGCCAAACUGGAAUGGGUGUGUCAGAUUCCACGAGGUCAAACACCAAAAACACCAGAGUGGUACAACCCAGAUGGGCACCAUAACACAUCAGUGUUUAUAGAUGGCCAGGAGUUCUGGUUUGUAACAGAGCCAAAGUUGUCCUUUGAUGAGGCCGUGUUGUACUGCAGCAGCAACAACAGCAAACUCGCUACACCCGCCAGUUUUAAUGCGGCCCGCCAAAUUCAGGAUCAACUUCCUCAGCAUUCAGGAAAUGGCGUUGUGAGGUGGUGGGCAGACCUUCGUUACCCUGGUCCUCAUGUUCCCUUCAUGUUCACCCCCAUGCACUACUAUCAUUCAGCGUUCCUGGGCAGGUGCCCUUCUAUCACUCCUAUUUCUAUUGAAGCCGGUUUCAGCAGAAGCUGUAAUGAAAGACAGCCAUUUGUGUGUGAGACCAUGAAUGUCACCUCUGCGGAGAAAGGAACCCCAGAACCGCAUAUAAAAGGCAGCCAAUGUGAGGGCAUUUCCCAGCACUUCAAAGACAAGUGCUACUGGCCUUUAUCUAAGCCUUAUUUCAGAAACUUCAAAGAAGCCAAUGAAUUUUGCCAAACACUGAAAGGCACGUUGGUCACCGUAUCGGACCAAGUCGAACAGGAUUUCAUCACUACAAUGUUACCUAAAUUACCUGAGCAACCUCCGAAGAUCUGGAUUGGUCUGAAGUUCAAGCUUCAUGACACUCAGUGGGUGGAUAACUCACCAGUUGCAUAUCUGAACUUCAAUCCUCUCCUGCAUGGCCAGUUGCGACCCAUAUACAUCAAUACGUUUGAACAGGACUCCCUAGAGCUCUGUGCCUACAUGUACAAUGAUGAUCAUUCUGACAUGAUUGGCACCUGGGACUACACCUCCUGCUCUGACCGGCAGAAUAUCAGCAUCUGCCAGCAUUAUGCAGAUAAACCAGAGAAACCUAAGCCUGAGGAUGACUUCACGGUUCAAAAUCAUACAUUUAAGGUGGUACAGCAGGACAAUUUAACAUGGACAGAGGCUCUUCGGUUGUGCCGGAGCAAGGCUAUGGACUUAGCCAGCAUACCGAAUACAUAUGUCCAAGCAGUGCUCACAGUGCAAGCUUCUCGAAGAGGACGGCCACUCUGGAUUGGACUCUUUAGCGAAGAUGAAGGGGAGCACUACCGCUGGACAGACAACAGUCACACUGAGUUUAACCGCUGGUCAUCUGAAGCCACCAAAGGGCCCUGUGUGUAUCAGGACACUGAUGGUUUCUGGAAAGCCACCGAAUGUGAAGAAGAGCUUUCAGGAGUGAUCUGCCACAUCCCACACAAUAAGACCGUCACUCCUGAAGUGGAUUCGGUCACAUGUCCCCACAAAAGCAAUGGACAGAACUGGAUCCGCUUUAAGAAAAACUGCUACACUUUACUGCUGGGGUCCUCCAGGUGGGGCAACAAAGACAUCAGUGACCAGCAGAUCUGCAAGACUCUUGCCGGGUAUGGAGAAAUCCUAACCAUUCGUGAUGAGACGGAGAAUGAUUUCAUCAUGCAGCAGUUGCAGCCGUUCAAAAGCUUGGUGGAGUUUGUGUGGCUGGGAAUGAAUAAGACAGAUGAACAGCUGAAAUGGCUAGAUGGCAGCAAUGUGCAGUUCUCCAAUUGGAAAUAUGGUAAAAGACCAAACGUCACAGAGCGCUUCAUGGCUGGCCUCAACGUGAUUGGAGAGUGGGAAAUAAUAACAAACCAACAACGUUUCAAUGUCUUCAGACAGCGAAGUAUUGUGGUGUGCAAGAUUGAAAAAGAUCCCAAAGAUGAAUUCAUGAAGGAUGUGGUUGACGUUAAUACUCCGGAGGGCAUUAGUUACCGUCGAGUGGCCAAGAAAAUGGACUGGUAUCAGGCACUGCAAGAGUGUGGCAGCAAUGGAGGCCAUCUUGCCAGCAUUAGUGACAAAACGACUAACGACAACAUGGCGCUGAUCGCCAAAAGGGACGGCUUUUCACUGUGGAUUGGCCUCUCCAAACAAGAUGUAAGUGGAUGGCCCUAUGAGUGGUCAGAUGGGACCCCGGUAAAAUUCAAUCCAGAUGGUUUUGUGAAUGACGGCCAUGGUUCUGAGGAAAAGUGUGUGUUUGUUGACUCCAGAGGCACCUGGUCAACUGUUAACUGCCAUGCAGCCCUAGAAGGGGCCAUCUGCUACAACCACAUCAGUGAGGGAACUAGAGCACAUCUCUCUUCUCAGUCCAGCAGCGCUUGUCCCAAGAGUGAUGGUCAGACCUCUUGGGUCUUGUUUAAAGAUAAUUGUUAUGCUUUCAACAUGUACAACUACUCUGUCUUUACCAUGGAGAGUGCCAAGAACGUGUGUCAAAAACUGGAUUCUUCAUCCAAGCUGUUAACCAUCAAGAGUAAAGAAGAGAAUGACUUUGUCUCCAACUACAUGAUUAAGAACCCUUCCAUCACCAGCCGAGUGUGGCUGGCACUCAACAUUGACGACAAAGGUAAGCCCACAGGUUGGCAGGAUGGCAGUGAACUGGACUUCUCUAGCUGGGAUGCAAAAUCAGGGCCGAAAUUAUCACAGCAGGCAUCGCAGAUCUGCGCAGUCAUGGUCUCCAGCAACGGCAGCUGGACCCAAGCCAGCUGCUCUGACAGCCGCAGCCGAAUCGUCUGCAAAGCACCUGCCCAUCCAGGUAGUCCCGUGGCUUUGAUCUUCUUCAUCAUUGUCUUCCUCUGCAUCAUCGCUGCAGUCUCCUUCAUCUUUUACCAGAAAAACAAGCAUCGCUUCCAUUCGACUGUACGUUACCAACGCAACUUUGAUGACGCGGACAGUACGAGUAUGAUCAAUGAUGCAGAAUGACGCCUCAACUGAAUAAUGUCAAAUUAAAUGGUAGCUAUGAUGUGCCUUUUACUACAAACGCUCCUCUGCGCCAUCAACAGAAACACCAGCUUCCUGUGGUUCAAACUAAGGUUAUUUAUUAUUAUUGACCAAUUAUUCACACAGCAUGGCUUCAAUGGGACAGUUUGUGUAAAUGAAAAUAAUAGUGCGGAUGUUUGGAGGUUUUAAUGUUUAAAUUAAAAUGUCUGAAAUGCUUGUGUGUAUUUUAAUGGGAGGACUGCUGGUACUUACUGUACUAUAAAAAGUUGAUUGUGUUAUUUUGGCUUUUCUUGAAAUGAUGUUAUUAAAUCAGGGUUUUUCACUCCUCUUGAGCAGCACUGAAUAUUAACUUGCGCUUAGAGCUGGGAAGAUUUUAAGAUUGUACAUUUUGGGAGCUUUUCCUCUUUUCUUUUUGAAGAUGUGAUUUUAACAGAGCGACAAGGAUCCCAAAACUUUCAUUCAUAGUUAUUGUUUUUCUUUCUUUUUUUCUUAUUUGAUUUCUUAAUGCCACUCUUUGAAAUGUUAAUAGAUUUAUUAGUCAUCACUUAAUAGAACAUUCCUUUCAAACUUGCAAUAAUGGUGUUUUUUCACAAUGUUUUAUUUUCCUGUGAUGAUGUAUCAUGUACUUCUCCUGACAUUUAUGGAUUGGUUUUGCUUUCAAUACAGUAAUAUCAGAGUUCUGUAAAACAGCUUAUUGUAAAGCAAUAAACACAGUGCACUUAGUGCAGCACAAGAUGCUAAUGAUAAAAUGACAGUCAGAGAUUAUAUCUAUGCACUCUUAUGCUUAAUUUACUCAAACUACUGAAAUCUGAUGCACUUUAAUGAGCUGUUUGAAUCUAACUUAGUGAAGAAUUUAGUACAUACUUUGUAAAUAUUUUAUUAUAUUUUGUUGUUGCUGUUGAUUGUUUGAUUGUUUGUUUGGGUUUUUUUUUCCCAAACUACACCAAAGAUGAUUUGGAAAUUGAUGGUAAUAUAUUACAAACCCAAAAAUGUUCUCUAAAGACAACGCUGCUUUUGUAUAUUUUUUCUUGUCUUUGAUUUGAUUUACAUAUCACCUUUCCUCUGUUUUGACCACAGCAGAAGAUGCUCAAUAAAACAAUGUACGUCUUCUAA